AAGUUGAUCGAGUGUGCUAAGUCAACAAUAACAAAAAUUGUUAUAUUGGGAAACUUAAGUUUGUAUAUAUUAAACAUGAAUCAAAUUACAUAAUUUUGGUCCCUGCUUCCUGAUAUGUGUUGUUUUAUUCAUCGUAAUGACCGAUUUACAAAAGGCGUGUCAGGAUACGGAUACUGUCGGAAUGUGUACCUAGCAAAACAGUUUUCUAGUGUACAUUUGUAUGUAUUUUAUGAAUGUCGAUACAUACAUACACCCCCUCCCACUGAGUGGAAUAUGUGAUGUACGUCGUACAACUAGAUUGGCAGUUCGCAUUAAACGAAAGUUUUUAAAGAGCAGGACGCGGAUAUAAAUUGAGUUUCGUGAGGUUGAAUUUAAAAGUGCCACCAAAAGACAAAACAGUCGGCCGUAAGAUAGCAUUGAGUUCCAUACCAUACCCGGGUGUGCGAUGGAAACUGUAUGUACACAUAUUGUGUUGUGGGUGUAAAGAGAGGGACAGUAAGUGUAAGGGAGGAGCAUUUACAAGGGGUGAGUGACACAAAAGUUGUCGUAAGUUAGGGGUUGGUUACGAGCGGUGCGGUACUUGGUACUUCGGUUGCAGCAGCGCGGCUAAAACUUAACUGAACUGCUUUCUAAAAGAGAAAGGAAUUGGAAAUAAUUUUUAAAAAAUGUUGACUUAAACUAUUUAGUUAUCCUAAAUAAAACCAGUAAAGGAAAAUCCAAAACGAUUCAAAUGCAAUUGGAAAUGCAUUAUAUUUGAGCACAAUACCUAUUGGUAAAUUUUCUCAUUGUAGAAGUCAAGACGUGAAUUAUUUGUAGAGCAUAAUGAUAUGUCUGGAAUCGAGAAUUAAGCACGAAUUUGAAUGAAUACAAUGGCGUGAGUUCCAGUUCUGCUUCGAUUUCCUUAUCAUUAUCUUCAAGUUCAUCAUCGGCAUAGGCAUCUGCAUCUGCAUCAUUCAGCUCCACCUCAUCGUGUGAAAGUGGAUUUAUACUUGGAGGGAACAUUAGCAGCUGCCCGCUUUUAAAUAUUGGCCCUACCAACUUAAUCUCAUUUCAAAGUAAAGACCACUCCAUUAUAAGAAUGUCGGCGCAAGUAGCACCAAAGAUGUUGAACGAUAGUAUGCCGGACUCAAUUCACAAGAAUAAUCCUGUACAUCAUCAAAUGUUAGAACAGCGAAAAGUUCAUGCGUCGUCGAUGCCACUAUCCGAAGAUCCGCGAACGUUGCAAUUGGCGUUGGAACUAUCAUUGGUCGGGCUAAAUGACAAUCAACACUGCUAUGGCCAACCUGCACUACCCGUUACGAUACAGAACGAUUUUGAAAUAGGCUCCAUCAAUGUGGUGCCUGCCAUUUACUCUAAAACGGACAACACCCUGCCUUUAUCUACAGUAUCCGCUUCCGGGCUUCUAUUACCCACCGCCGCUGCCGUUGGCGUUGAAGACCGAUCAAAAAAGUCCCAAAAUAUGACCGAAUGUGUUCCAGUUCCGAGCUCAGAACAUGUUGCCGAAAUAGUGGGUCGGCAGGGGUGCAAGAUCAAGGCUUUGAGAGCUAAAACAAAUACUUACAUUAAAACCCCAGUUCGCGGAGAGGAGCCGGUAUUUGUAGUUACUGGUCGCAAGGAAGAUGUAAACAAGGCAAAACGGGAAAUACUCUCUGCAGCAGAUCACUUUAGCUUGAUACGAGCUUCUCGAAAACCUUCGAUUGAGGGUCACAAUAGCGGAUUGACGGGAAAUUUAAAUGAUUUGGGAUCUGGAGCGGGUGGCAGUGCAGGUCCUGUAACGCGAAUGCAGUCUGGGCCCCCAUGCUUGCCCGGUCAGGUUACCAUACAGGUACGUGUACCCUAUCGCGUUGUGGGCCUUGUGGUUGGACCAAAAGGCGCCACAAUUAAACACAUCCAACAGGAGACACAAACGUAUAUUGUGACGCCAUCGCGCGAAAAGGAGCCUAUUUUUGAAGUGACCGGUUUGCCAGAUAACGUAGACACGGCCCGGAAGCAAAUUGAAGCACACAUUGCCCUUCGAACUGGAUCCGGAACUGGAAACGGUGUUGGUGCCGGACAAGUAUGUGAAUCGAUCGAAUCGCACGACUUUGGGUCACAGCCAACUAUAAAUUCAUUAACACAGAUUCUGAACGAUGAUCUGAACUCGGAAAUACUGUCAUCCAUCUACAAAAGUGUUAUCUCGCCUGCUCUGGACUAUGGCGAUAAUGAUGGCACUGUGGAUAGUCUCAACAUGAAUGGUGUGAAACUAAUGCCGGAUCAUCUUCUAAGAAACGCUUAUCAGAAGUCGGAAUUAGCUGACAUGGACAUGCCACCAAUUGCAAUGGCCACAGCCACAUCGGAUAAUCAUUUUGCCGCCAGUGAAGCUCAAAUUCCACCAGCAAAAGUUACUAAUAUGUACCGUAUUACGCACAAAACCUUGCCAUUCUGUCCACCGAUAUCCGCAUCUAUGAAUUCAAACUCCGGCUCAAAUAUACUAACCAGAUCAUGUUCAUCAGCGUCCUCAACCGCUUCGACAAAGAGCACAAACAAUAGCGCCAACACUCCUCCAGAACUAUUGAAUAUAUGGAAAAAUAUAAGCGACUCGAUUGAUGUGGAUGAAGGUAUUGGGGACUCGCCAAGCAUUUGGAAUCUUCCAGCGAACACUAUACCCACCGCACAUUGUUCGCCAACAACCUCCAUAAGUCCGACGGACUCUCUUUUGGGGCUUGGAGAACACUCAGUAAAUCAAAACAUUUCUCGCCACAUAAGGGAAUCGUCAUGUACCAGUCAGCAAAGAGCAGCGUCAGUUCAAUUCCAACCUAACUCCAUCGCCGACAAAUUAACUCUGCAACGCGAGUGCUUUGUAUGCAACGAAAAUGAAGUAACCACAGCUUUGGUGCCAUGCGGCCACAAUAUGUUCUGCAUGGACUGUGCCAAUCAGAUCUGCGUUUCCAUGGACGCAGCAUGCCCGAUAUGCAACUCAAUUGUGUAUCACGCGAUGCGUAUUUUAGGCUAAAUGUGCACAAUUUUAAACAAACAUGGUUUCUGUUUAAUCGUUGAUCGAUUUGAGGAACAAUCCAAGCUCAUUCGAAUUUUUUUUUUUUAAUAUUUUGUAAAUCGGUUGAUCAUUCAUUAAUUUUAAACAUAACAUAAUCUUUCAAAGUAAUAUUUAUUGCUUUUUGUUAUAUACAUAUAUGCUCUGAUUUUUGCCAGCAGCUUGCAACGUUCUCAUACAAUGCAUAAAUUGUGAAUCUGCAUCAUCUGCAGGGUCGACACAGUUCGAUUGACCUUCUUUCCGCCUGUGAUCCUCCAAGAUUCGAUCACUUAUCGAAAA